CUUCUUCUGUCAUUUUGGCAGCUUUCCAUUUUGUAUUUUUACUUAGUAUAUUGGUGUGUUGGACCACUUAUUUUUUAUCACUCACAACCAACUGUACUACUUUUCUACCUAUAGCUCUCCCCUCCCUCUUUGCUUCCACUGAGGGGGCAAGUAUUUAACUUGUCUACUUACUUCUUGAGUGCUCCUUGAUUGCAAACAGUUAUUAUGGCCUUCCCCUCAUAUUCUGACUCGUCCUUUCUUUUAUGGUGUUUAAUCACUGUGUUUUCAAGAAUAUCUCUGUAUUAACUUUUACUCUUCUUCACUUUGGUUAAUGCUAAAUUUACUUGUUUUUCUGGUGAAGAAAUCUGCUUACACUGGUCAUGACCAGAUUUUCUUGACUUGGUUGUUCAAGUGUAUUUUGUGUUAUGGAGUGAAGCAGCACAUUGGGUAGGCUGGUUCCCUUGAAAUUGUGGAAAGGAUAAUUAAGUUAAAAGAGGAAAAAAUGGAGUCUUGGAGUUAUUUCUCAGGGGGAAAGGGUUUUGUAUCAGAUGAAUCAGUUUCUGGGAAAAAUGGAGUUAUGGGUUGGGAAUUGAAGACCCCAAGUAGCUAUGGAAGUACUGUGAUAUGUUCAAGUCAACACGGUAGUGAUAAUCCAAUAUUUCAAGAAUUGGGUUCUCCAAAUCUGAUGAGGAAACCAAUGUUUAGUGACCAAAUGAGAGGUGUUGGCAACAUUUUUGGUUCAGUGGCAGGUGCAUUUUCUGGUGAAGAUAAGUCUAGUUCAAUUUCUAGAGACACAUCACUUAUUGAUUUGAAACUUGGAAGGUUUCCUGAUCAUGUAGAUGCAAAUAUCUUCAAGUCCCCUAAGAGUAUGCCUAGUUUCACUACUGCUGAGUCCAUUGUCCCAGCUAAAAGAAUGAGAGCUGGAGGUGUGAACUCACACAAACCAUUUUGCCAAGUCCAAGGUUGUGGGAAGGAUCUUAGUCCCUGUAAGGACUAUCAUAAGAGGCAUAAAGUAUGUGAGGUUCACUCAAAGACUGCUAAAGUUAUUGUAAAUGGCAUUGAGCAGAGGUUUUGUCAGCAAUGCAGCAGGUUUCAUCUACUGGCUGAGUUUGAUGAUGGCAAACGGAGCUGCAGGAAACGUCUUGCAGGUCAUAAUGAGCGCCGAAGGAAGCCCCAUACUGGUACCAGAUUUCGUGGAACUUCUUUGGCAACGUCAUCCUUUGCAUGCCAAGACAUACUUGGCGGCCGCUUCCUGCAUCAGCCCAAAUAUGAUAUGAAUGACUGGUAUAAGAAUGUAAAAGUUGAAGAUGGUGUUGAUUAUAGCCCUCCAAUUUCCUUGCCCUUUACAAAUGCACAGUUACAACCAAAACCUCUUUUCGCAUCAUAUCAUGCCAAGAAAGGGUGUCCUUAUGAAGGACUGCCUGCCGUAACAACAAGCAGAAUCAACGAGAGUGCCAACUCAUCUUUGCAUGAUAUGCGAGGAUCAGAUUUUGUUUCCCCUUCUCUGUUCCACACCACCUCAGCUGGAUCUGAAGUCUUGCAUGCUUUGGACACAUCUUCCGCCAUUCAGGGGCUCUCAGGGAUAUCAAAUUCCAGCAAUGCUCUCUCUCUUCUGUCAUCUCAAUCACAGGGCUCGUCAAAUCAUUCCAAUGUUUUUCCCACUGCCCGCCCCCUGAUUCCACCAAGCAAUAAUUCACAUUACAAUGUAACUCAAACAUCUAAAGAACUCCUGGGACUUGGUCCUCAUGGCUCAGCAGGUAGAAUGUCCCAUACAUUCAAUUCAUCUGGGGUCAAUUCUACAGAAGGUGGACUGGAUCAGAUACUAUUUCCAAGCAACACUUGUGGUAUCAAUCGCAUCAUUCAAGGAUCAGAUUUGGUGAGCCCCAAGAAUCAACUUUCUUGUGAAGAUGGACCUACUAUUGAUUUGCUCCAGCUGUCAUCACAGCUUCAGCGUGUGGAGCAUCAAAGGUUUUCCAUGCAAGUGAAGCAGGAUAGUAAUGCUUUUCCCGGCCUUAGAAUCACUUGAGCAGAUGCAAAUAUCUUGAUUAUUGUCUAAAAUUGAUGGGCGCUGAACCGCUGAAGUGCGCAUCAACUCGCUCAAGAAGCAGACAGCCUUCUCAGUUCUCUGUUUACAUUGGUGGGAGCAAGUCUUUGGAAUCUUGAUGUUCACUACUUCGUUUUAUUUUAUUUUAUUUUUUACCUCAUUUGAUACUGAGUGACAACUGUUCUGUCUCAUUCAAUAAUGAUGUUUUUUCUUCUUUUGGACAAUUAACAAAAAUAAUCAUGACUUGGUAGUCUGAGCAAAUCUAUGUACUAAAUAUUCACCUUAUUCGUUCCUUUGUUUUGGAAUAGUUGUUCAAUUAUC